CACACACACACACACACACACACACACACACACACACACACACACACACAGGGAGUGUGAGACUUUCUGUCGCACCAAAACACUCGACGAAACACAAAGCUGUGAGAAGACGACACACCGAUCAGGAUGGAUUCUACGUCUUCAUUCCUCAAAUCUGUGACCAAGCGAGUUUGGUCUCCUCCACAGAGGCCUUUCAGAGUCUGCUGUCACACGAGAGAGACCAAAAAAGGGAUCACAGCAGGAACCCUGGAGGAGCUGAAGGAGAGGGUCUGCCAGGCGCUGCUGCUCUGUCUUUCUGCAGCAUCUCUGAGUCUGGUUUGUGAGGAGGACGGUACCGAGGUGGACUCUGAUGAGUUCCUCAUGACUUUACCAGACAAYGUCAUGCUUAUGGCUCUGGAGCCUGGACAGAUGUGGAAACCACUGGCCGGUUCAGUCGUGCUCCGAAACCACGGCAAGCCUCGCACCGGCAGAGACAUUGCUCGAGUCACCUUUGACCUUUACAGGAUAAGUCCCAAAGACCUGUUUGGCUCCCUGAGUGUGAAGGCCACGUUUCAAGGCCUGUACUCUGUGAGCGCUGACUUUCAGUGUCUGGGCCCCAAGAAAGUCCUUAGAGAAGUUCUGCGUCUGGUCUCCACCCUCCUUCAGGCGGCUGGACACCUGCUCAUCACUUCUGCCUCAGUGAUCCGUCGAGUUAUUGAAGGCACUGAGCUCUGGCAACCACAGAGGACCGAGUACACCACCAGCUGGAACUAAAUCAACCCGAUUAAAGGAAUCUAGCGGAUAGACCUGUUUGGGGUCCUUAACACCCAUGCUUACCAUUAAGAAUCUAAUCUAACAGAACAAUAGUUAUCAAAAAACUAUCCUUUGCUGAUUUUUUGAAUUAGUGUAUAGACCACAUAACCCGAAACCAAGUCAAGACCAGUGUAUAGAGACCGAAACAAAACCAAAACUUUUAGAGGCUCAGACUGAGUCAAGACUGGAAAAAGUGGAAACUAGAGCCCUAAAAGUAUACUGUACACAGGUAGCUAACAUAAUAUGUAGUUAAUACUGACUAAAUCUCUUUGUGUGAGGACCAGGUUAAGAAUUUUGGUACAGAGGCAGAUUGCUAACUUUAGCUAGCUUUGCUAACAUCAAUUACACAUAGCUUAUCUUUUUUGUGUGUUUCGUUUCUAAGUGUUGAUAAAAGUUUACUAUAGUCCCUACCUUCUCUGAAAGUGAAACACUGCAGAAUUUACAAAUAUAUUAUUUAUGAUUUAUGCAGCCGGAUUGUUUCACUGAAGACUUUACAGACAUCUGCUCCCAAACAACCACUGCUCACUUUCUUGAAAAGCCACAUGCGAGUGACAGGGGGUGGGUAUGUAUGGGUGACAGAGGUAACAAAAAUACAACGAGUCAUGCUUGGAUUGGAAUCAGAACAUUUUAAUCCAAUGAAAGCAACAAUAACAAAUAAAUUGAACAAAAUUCUGGAAAUUUACUGAUAUUUCCACAGUUGUGGUCUUGAAAUAAAAUUCAAAGUCCUCAAUGUCCAAGACCGAGUAAAAAAGUGGUCGAGUCUGAGACGAGACCAUCAAAAAGUGGUCUUGAGACCAUCCAUGACUUGUCUCGAGUACUACAACAUUAAAGAUGAAGGAGAUUAGGCAAAACAAUUCAAAACAAGUCACACAGUGUAGCUUGUAGUUCACUCACGUCCUAUUUGAGGUCAGUGUUCUGACAUAAAAUGAGUGUAAUAUUUGCGUAUUUCUGARUAAAAAAUGUUGAGGGGAAAUUUGUAUUCUAAUUAGCUGUAUUCUGUUGUGUUUUAUUUGGGGAUUAACUGUGGUUACCUGUUUUCUACACUGUGACAGAAUGUGUUAUCUGAUCACAAUCCCAAAUAUGUAGCCUAAAACACAUAUCAUGCCUGUCUUAAAACUCUGACCUUGAAGACUGAAGUUUAGUGGAAUGCCAAUUAACCUGGUAUACUUAACUGUGUGCAACAAACGGUUUGAUAUUUCCCAAAUUUAACAGCUAUGAAUGUAAUACAUUUUUUAAUCACAAGUUGUAAAAUUAAACUAUAUGUACAGCUGGAUAAGAGAAUGAAUGUCAAAAUAUUACUAAUGUUGUAUUGUUUUUAUGCAACAUAUUUUACAUUAAAUCCUUGAAGGUU